UGCUCCCUCGCUAUUUUUCUUUUGUGUGUGUGUAAUUUUUUGGAGCGCUCUGGCGAUCUUGGAACAGCCUCAGACGCCAUCUACAGUUGAAACGUAGGUAACUGCCCUCGCCGGCACCCCCCUCCCUUCCACGCCCCCCACCCUUUCCACCAAAAAAGGGGGUGCAGCGCGGAUCCUGGCUGCCGUGCGUCGCGAGCCGGCAGACCCGUGCCGAUUUCCUUUUGCUUUUUGUUUGGUUUGCAACGCGUGGAGCCUGCGCCGCCGCCGUGCGCUCCCGGAGGACUGCACGAACCACACACAGCCGGGCUCCUCCGCCCCGCGUGCGAUUCCCAAGGCUGCCUGGGCACCGCUUCGGGAAACCCGGCUCUGCAGCCCCCGUCUGCGCGGCCCCGCGGCUCCUCCAGACCCGCGCCGGGGGAAAGAGCGAGCGAGCAACUCCAAGUGCGGCGAUUCUGCGCGUCGCUGCCGGCUUCGGGGUAACAAAAGGACCCGGGCUGCCUGCGGAGCGAGUGCCCCCGGGAGCCGGGUUCGCAGGAGACCGGGGACCCGGCGGCGCCCAUCCGGGGGCUCCCGACUCCUUCCCCACGCAGCCCCGCGCCUCGCUCCCCGCCGAAACCCGGGGCACCGAGGCGCCUGCAGCCGCGCUCGUGCCGCCAGCGGGUCUUUUUGUCUGUCGUGCGCGAUCCCCACACUCAUGAACAUACACAGGUCUACCCCCAUCACAAUAGCGAGAUAUGGGAGAUCGCGGAACAAAACCCAGGAUUUCGAAGAGUUGUCGUCUAUAAGGUCCGCCGAGCCCAGCCAGAGUUUCAGCCCGAACCUCGGCUCCCCGAGCCCGCCCGAGACUCCGAACUUGUCGCAUUGCGUUUCUUGCAUCGGGAAAUACUUAUUGUUGGAACCUCUGGAGGGAGACCACGUUUUCCGUGCGGUGCAUCUGCACAGCGGAGAGGAGCUGGUGUGCAAGGUCUUUGAGAUCAGCUGCUACCAGGAGUCCCUGGCCCCGUGCUUUUGCCUGUCUGCCCACAGCAACAUCAACCAAAUCACCGAAAUUAUCCUGGGCGAGACCAAAGCCUAUGUGUUCUUUGAGCGAAGCUAUGGGGACAUGCACUCCUUCGUCCGCACUUGCAAGAAGCUGAGGGAGGAGGAGGCGGCCAGACUGUUCUACCAGAUCGCCUCGGCCGUGGCGCACUGUCACGACGGAGGGCUGGUGCUGCGCGACCUCAAGCUGCGGAAGUUCAUCUUUAAGGAUGAAGAGAGGACUCGGGUGAAGCUGGAAAGCCUAGAAGACGCCUACAUCUUGCGAGGAGAUGACGACUCGCUGUCCGACAAACACGGCUGCCCGGCCUAUGUCAGCCCCGAGAUCUUGAACACCAGUGGCAGCUACUCAGGCAAGGCUGCUGAUGUGUGGAGCCUGGGCGUGAUGCUGUACACCAUGUUGGUGGGCCGCUACCCCUUCCAUGACAUUGAACCCAGUUCCCUCUUCAGCAAGAUCCGGCGUGGCCAGUUCAACAUUCCAGAGACUCUGUCGCCCAAGGCCAAGUGCCUCAUCCGUAGCAUCCUACGACGGGAGCCCUCAGAGCGGCUGACCUCGCAGGAGAUUCUGGACCAUCCUUGGUUUUCUACAGAUUUUAAUGUCUCAAAUUCAGGAUAUGGUGCUAAGGAGGUGUCUGACCAGCUGGUGCCGGAUGUCAACAUGGAAGAGAACUUGGACCCUUUCUUUAACUGAGCUCGUGCCCCGCCCCACAGAGACUUAGCAGGUACCAGGAGUGAGAGAGAGAGAGACAGAGACAGAGACAGAGAGAGAGAGAGAGUAGCAGAAGGUUCUUCGAGGGAACACGUUUCAAUCACCUGGCUGGGUGGCAAGAAAGACGCUCACACUCACAAGUUUCUUGGUUCAGAGAAGGAAACCUUCCCAGGAGCUGAGUGCACACGUAGCGUGGGGGCCAGAGACGCAGGAGGAGGGGUUAGGGUCAGAUGGCUGGGAGCUCCCCUGGAGUUUCUCUUCCCUCACCAUAGCCUGAGAGAUCACCCCUUGGCCAGAUGGGCUACUUCCGCCAACUCCACUUCUCAUUCUGUUCAAAAAUAGUUGCCGAUACUGAUAGAUUCAAAACUCUGCCUCAAACACACAUCUUGGCAUCGCACUGUUAGCAUUUAACUUCUUCUUAUGAUUCAGGGAAGGAACCAUUGGCGGAGGAAUUUUUUUUUUUUUCUUUUUUAAACAAGCCAGCCACCUAUUUGAUAAUUCAUGGAGUCACUUAGAAACACAAUUCGGUGCACACAGACGGACAUGAAUCCUGGGUGCUAAACUCAAAGAAAACAAAAGUCCAGUUUGUGUCUCUUAAUCGCUCUCUUCAACUCAUUUCUUCUAAAGAAACUACAUGAUAUAACCUUGUUAGGCAAUGGCUCGGGAAUGCUUUGCUCCCUGAAGGGGGAGGAAUCUGUCCUCGGAGGAGCUCCCCCUGCCUCCUGGCCACUGGUCUGUGGCAGGAUGCAUUACUGCUGUCAGAGUUUAAAGGGGAACCAGAAACCUGACUUCUUGUGCAUUUUUUUCCUUGUGAGUGAUGAGGGUUUGCAUCACAAGCAUUCCUCUUGGCCGAGAGGGUAGCCACGUGGCCGGAGAGUGGGACACUCACGGAGCCUCAUCCUUUGGCCACGCUCAGAUCUCAGCUGGACGUUUUGUCUUUGUUUUCUUGGAAACCAGGGAAGCAGAGCCGGUUGUCCCACGCGUAUAAAAUACAGGGCAGCUAUUUAGUUUUCCGUAUGGAGAAUGAUCUUUUUAGCUUGGAAGGCCCUCUGGUUUGGACACAAACCCUCAGUAGAGAAGAACGGGAGGAAUAAUGGCGGAAAGCUAGGAUGAUAUAAAUACAAACAGCUCUCUAUCCCAAUACGCACCUUUGUAUUUUCAAGAACUCUUCUAUUUAUUAAAGGAAAAUGUCACAUUGUGAUGUAUUAAGCCAGUACUUCAAUUACGGGUUGACUUGGGAUGACAUGUUACAUGCUGUAGUUAACAUUUAUGACUUUUAAUUUUUCUCUUGUUUGAAUAUUUCUGUCCCUGAAAUAACCUUUCAUUUGGCUUUUCUAGGUAGCUUUAUUUGAUUUCCAGUGGCAAAAUGUUUUUUUUUUAUUAUGGCUUUUCUAUUGCUGUAUGAUACAGAACUCUUUUGGCAUAAAUAUUUGUGUUUCCAGUACCUCAGUUGUUUGGAUUUUACUGCCUGUAUAUGUUUUGUGAAGCAGUCAUGUUUUGGGGUAGGUAACCCGUGGACUCUAGUGUGUAAAUGUUACUUGAAUCUGUGCUUCAUGAUAGUCCGUGGCAUGUGUGUGCAGACUCUUGGAUGCUUUCGCCUGCUCAGCAGGAGCCCUGCCCUUCGCAUUCCCAGGAGGGCGGCUUCACCGUUCGUAAUCAGGAGACAAGGCGGCCAUGGAUUUGCCCUUGAUUCUAUUUUGAUACUGGAAGAUAUAAAGGAGAGAGGGUUGGUUUCUUUCUUUUCUUUUUUUUACUCUGAAGAUGGUGCUGUGUCAAGAAGGACCUUUUUUCUUCCUUCUCCCCUAUUUUUUAAGUCCCUUGUAGGAGAAAAGAUGGGUGACAUGCAUGGUGGGGAUCUGUGGCCUCUGGUGCUUUGUCCUGUAUUUGGUUUAAUGUUUUUGUCCUAAUCUCUUCAAUCAAUAAAAUUGU